AAAGAAGCUAUAUAAAUUCAUUUGAAACAAAAAAUAAGCAAAUUUUUAUGUGGCAUGUAUACGUCUUUUAACAUGCUAGCUACAAGUGUAAUCUAAAGCAUGAUGCAGAAAUGGAAAAAAAAGAAAAAAAAAAUCAUUUGUAGAUGGAAUUUCAAACACUAAAAUAGCGCAGCAUGCCACAACAGGAUGUAAAGGAUUCUGUUGAACACCAAGUUUCUCAGGAGUGAAAUUUGAAUGGGAUACUUAACUGAGUGCCAUGUAUAACAGAAAGAUAAAGAAAGCUAGAGUUAAAGAUCUAUCAAAUACUCCAUGUUAUAGGUUUGAAAAAACAUAAAAUACUAAAUAGCACAAUGCUACAACAAGAUCUACUAGGGUAAGCAACAAAGGGGUCAAAAGGCAGACAAUCUAAGUUUGCUAAAACGAAAAUUCACAAUCUUACUAUUAAAAUAUUUAAAGUAGUUUUCUUAACAUUGCAAAUUCAUUUCAAACAUUCCAUGCACCAUAUGGAGCUCGUAAAAAACUUAGAUUUGCUUUCUAUUUUAAACCUCACUUAACUUUCCCUGUUUUUCCUCAACCUUCAAUCCAUAUAUUUCCUCAUGUAAAACCUGUCCGUUUUGCUUAUGACCCUUUUACUAUUAUUAAAAAUUUAUUUAACCACUAGCAUAUGAUAGUGUUCCUUGGCUCACAUUUCGCAAAAAGAAGUUCCUUGGUGUAAAUCAUCAACUACUGGUGAGGUUUCAGAUAACCCAGUCUCUCCUCCAACAUUCAGUGAAGAGAUUCCAUCAACUUUAUGACACUAAGUAAACAGAGUGAAAUAAGAGACUCUUCCUAUUACUGAGUUCCAAACACACCUCAGUGGACAAUAUUUUACUAUUUCUUCAAUUUUUCUUUUCAUAUAGGAAUGUUGAAUUACAACGAUCAGUAGGAUAAGAUUUAGUAAUCACGAAUGUUUUUUCAUGAAUUUAAAAAUGAAAAAUACAAAACGCUCCUAUGCAAUUUGAGAUUGAAUCAACAAAACCAGAACUAGAACAAAUAGGCCAAUAAACAGUCCGCUUAUAGAAAACUAAAACAACAACAAAAGCCUUAUACCACUUGGUAAGGUCAGCUACACAGAUAACAAAAUGCCUUUCACCUCCGUUAAUGACUAUUGAAGUAUUAUCCACCAUGGAAUCCCUCUCAACAACUUCAUCCAGUGUCCUUCUCGGUCUCCCUCACCAUUUUAACAAAACUAAAAGACCAUAUAAUUUACUCUUCUCACUAGUGCCUUCUGUACCCUUCUUUAUAAGCUAAAACCACCUAAACCAAUUUUAUUCAUUUUUUCAAGUGUGUUCACACAUCUUUCUUAACAUUCUCAUUAUAUUAUUGUCACCUUUUCCUCUGGUUGCCUCUUUAAAGCUCAACAUUCUCUAUAUUAGAGUAUAAUUGGACAUAUAGUAGUACAAUAAAACUUGUCUGAGAAUAUGGUAAGAACCUUAUGAUUACAAAUAACUCUUUGUUAAGAAAAUACCUUAGGAGUGUUUUAUUUUUAAUUUAAUUGAGUCAAAGUUGUUCUUUAUUUUUAGGAUUUAGUUAAUUUUUAAUUAUGGGUUGAAGUAAUGGACUAAAAUUAGGAUAAAAGUAUUGGUGGAUAAUUACUUUUUAUGUUUAAAUAUUUUAACGUUUCCAAUCAUUUAAUAAUCAAUUACUCAAGAAACAUUUUAGUUUCAAGUGUGCUACUGUUUUGAUUCAAAAAACCAACAAUUGGUAUCAAGAGCCUUUUUUUUCUUGAGGGACAUGUGAGAGAAAAAUUUGAAAGCAUGGAAGGAGAUUCAAAUUUUUCAACAAUAGCACCAUCAGUUUUUUAUGGUGAAAAUUAUUAAAUUUGGGCAACACGAAUGGAAGCCUACCUAGAAGCUCUGGAUCUAUGGGAGGUAGUUGAAGAGGAUUAUGAAAUUCUUGUUCUACUUGGCAAUCCAACGAUGGCUCAAAUCAAGAAUCACAAGAACAAAAAAACUAGAAAAGCUAAGACAAAGGCAUGCCUCUUUGCUGCAGUUUCACCAACCAUUUUCACUCAAAUCAUGUCUCUAAAGUCAACCAAAGCCAUAUGGGAUUAUCUCAAAGAAGAAUAUGAUGGAGAUGAUCGAAUUAAAGGCAUGAAGGUGUUGAAUUUCAAUAGAGACUUUGAAUUGCAAAAGAUGAAGGAAUCUGAAACUAUUAAGGAGUAAUCUGAGAGGCUUCUGAACAUACCAAACAGAGUAAGAUUACUUGGUUCUGAAUUUAAGGAAUCUCGUAUUGUUGAAAAAAUUAUGGUUACCGUACCUGAAAGAUUUGAAGCUACCAUAGCCACAUUAGAAAACACUAAGGAUUUUUCCAAGAUCACUCUUGUAGAGCUUCUCAAUGCUUUGCAAGCACAAAAGCAAAGAAGAGCCAUGAGGCAAGAAGGUGCCAUUGGAGGAGCUUGCAAGCCAAACAUCAUGAGAAUGCACAGAACAACAAGAAAAUUUUUUAUAAGAAUCAAAAUGCUACUGGAGAAUCUUCAACCAACAACAAAAUAGGAGUCAAGAAGGGAUCUACCCUCCAUAUCAACAUUGCAAUAAAAUGGGUCAUCCUCCAUUCAAGUGUUGGAGAAGGCCUGACGCUAAAUGCACCAAGUGUAAUCAACUUGGGCAUGAAGCUGUCAUAUGCAAAAACCAAAAUCAGCAGCAGGAAGAAAAUGCUCAAAUUGCGAAUGAAGAGGAGGAAGAUCAACUUUUUGUUGCAAUCUGUUUUUCAACCAAUGCUUCAAGUGAACCUUGGCUAAUUGAUAGUUGUUGUACUAACCACAUGACCUUUGACAAGACACUCUUUAGAGAUAUGAAGCAAACUGAUGUCACCAAAGUCAGAAUAGGCAAUAGUGAUUAUAUCUCAGUCAAAGGCAAGGGGACACUUGCAAUUACAAGUUAUGCAGGCACAAAGUUUAUUCUAGACCUUCUUUUCGCUCCUGAAAUUGACCAAAAUUUGUUAAGUGUUGGUCAACUGAUUGAAAGAGGAUUUAGAGUUAUUUUUGAAGACAAAAAUUGCUUGAUUAAAGAUGUAGCCAGUCAAGAUAUGUUCAAGGUGAAAAUGAAAGGGAAAAACUUUGCUAACUUUGCUCAAACCAUUGGAGGAGGAGGAAAUUGUUUUCUCACUCAAGGAAAAUGUGACUGAAAUUUGGCACAAGUAGCUAAGACAUCCUCAUCAUAUGUUGGGUGCAAAGAGUUUUUCUUAUAGUGCAGCAAUGGCUGCAACAUUGGUUUUGGUCCUUCUCAAUGUGGUUGUAGUUUGCCAUGGAGACAAAACAAAUUUUUUCAUUAGAAAGGUCGAUAGGGCUGAGGACAUGCCCCUUCAAAGUGAUGUAUUUGUUGCCCCUUCUAUACUUGGAAUGGAUGUGAUUUGUCAAGCUAAAUCCGGGAUGGGAAAAAAUGUUGUUUUUAUUCUUUCUACACUUCAGCAAGUUGAUCAUGUUCCUGGUCAAGUUGCAGCUCUUGUUCUUUGCCACACAAGAGAACUGGAUUAUCAAAUUUGCCAUGAAUUUGAGAGAUUCAACACAUAUCUUCCUGAUAUAAAGGCUGUUGUUUUCUAUGGUGGCUUCAAUAUCAAGGUUCACAAAGAAUUACUCAAGAAUGAAUGUCCUCAUAUUUUUGUUGGAACACCUGGGAGGAUUCUUGCUCUGGCUAAAGAUAAGGAUCUUGGUUUAAAGGACGUGAGACAUUUCAUACUUGAUGAGUGCGACAAGAUGCUUGAAUCGCUUGAUAUGAGGAGAUGUUAAGGAGAUUUUCAAAUUAAUUCCUCAUGAUAAACAAGUGAUGAUGUUUUCAGCCACACUUAGUAAAGAAAUACAUUAUGUCUACAAAAAGUUUAUGCAAGAUCCAAUGGAAAUUUAUGUUGAUGAUUAAGCAAAGUUGACCCUUCAUGGACUUUUGCAGCUCCUAAAGCAAGGAGGA